AUGCUCAAGCCUGACGCCCUGAACACAUUUGUCCAGACAGUCCAGAAGCAGUUGGAGAAGUUUGAGUGGGUGGUGCUCCAAAUUGCGGUGACCGGUGAACCCACGAGUGGAACGUCAUCCUUCAUUAACUCAUUACGGUGUGUUCCGGAUAAUGAGAUGGGAGCUGCUCCUACUGGGGUAUCAGUCACGGUACCAACUGUGUAUAAAUUCCCAAACAACAACACGCUGGAAAUCUGGCAACUCCCUGGUACUGGGGCUCCGGGUUUUCAAGCAGCCAAAUAUCUGAAGCGUGUGAAUUUUGACCAGUAUGAUUUGUUGUUAAUCCUCAGCGCAGAUCGUUUUACAGAGAACAAUCUGUCCCUGGCCGAAGCAGUUCGCAAAAGGGAGAAGAAGGUCUAUUUUGUCUGCACCGAAACAGACAGUGACCCACCUGGUGCUGAGCAGCACAAGGCCACCCUGUCUGACCCUAAUCUGACCCAAAAGGUGGAACCUCCUAAUGUGUACCGCGUUUCCGGUUGGAAACUGGAGAAAUACGACUUUGGGAAUUUGCUGCUGACCCUGGCAGGGGACCUCUCGGGUGUGAAGAAACGCGCCUUUCUGUUUGCUGUCCCCAGUGUCACCGCCGAGAUCAUAGAGCAGAAGAAAGUGCUCAUGAUGAAUGAAAUUCAGAAGUUAGCUCUCAAGUCAGCUGUGGCGGCUGUACUGUCCAUCCCAGGGCUUUCUGACGCAUGCGACAUUACCCAGUUGGUCAGCGCGCUCUCCUCUUACCGCAAGGCCUUUGGGCUGGACGAAGAUUCCCUCAGGCGGCUGGCGAAGAGGGUGGGGAAAACGCCAGAGGUCCUGCGCUCCGUCGUGAGGUCCACGUUUGGGUUGGAGGUGACUGCGAAUGUUGUCAAGAAGAAGGUGGUGAAGACCGCAGGAUCAGGGAGGCUGUUGGCCACCUUUUUGAACUUUGUGCCAGUGGUCGGGCAGAUGGGAUCAGCGACACUGACUUACAAUCAUACCUUCACCAUGUUGGAGACAGCUGUGAGAGAGAUGGCAGAGGACAGCAAGAGGCUGCUGCACAAGGCCUUGCCACCAAAUGCACCGUGA